UGUAAAUACAAAGUGCAACGAGGAACUGGUCUAGGCAGAUUAUAAAAGCGUGCAUUAUAAACAGCUGGAAUGAGCUUGGUUAAUCUUCUGUUGUUGUUACGGCAUCAGGUUUGCUCUCUAACGCGGUAAAUAGAGAAGGGAAAGUGAGUUUCGAAGUCAGAAAUAUAAUAUUUACAAAUGCCAUUCAUUUGGAGUAUUUAAGAUAAGCUGUCUCUGCAUUGUGAAGUAUUGAUUCGCUUGUUAAAUUAAUCUGCUAUCAAAGAACGAUUGAGACGCCGAGUUCGAAAGGAAAGAUGUCAAAGAUGAGCACCGGCCAGAGAAUGUUCCUCAGUGGGGUUGUGGAAGGGUUUUAUGGGCGUCCGUGGACUAUGGAGCAAAGGAAGGAGCUGUUUAGGAGGGAGCAGAAAUGGGGCUUGAACACAUACCUAUAUGCUCCAAAAGAUGACUACAAACACCGGAUGUACUGGAGAGAGCUGUAUACCACUGAGGAGGCAGCGCAACUGAUUACGCUCAUCUCUGCUGCAAAAGAACGUGACGUUGAGUUCAUCUACGCCAUCUCACCCGGGCUGGAUGUUACAUUCUCAAACCCUAAAGAGGUUGCUGCUCUUAAGAGAAAGCUAAGUCAGGUGUGCGAGUUCGGCUGCAGAUCCUUUGCUCUGCUUUUUGAUGACAUUGAGCCAGAAAUGUGUGCUGCUGAUAAGGAGGCCUUUAGCUCCUUUGCACAUGCACAGGUGUCCAUCACCAAUCAGGUGUAUCAGCACCUGCAGGAACCCCAUACCUUUCUCUUUUGCCCAACAGAUUACUGUGCUGUGUACUGUACCCCUAAUGUGAGCCAGUCUUCAUAUUUAAACACUGUUGGCGAGAAACUGCUCCCUGGGAUUGAUAUUCUCUGGACUGGGCCCAAAGUCGUAUCCAACGAUAUUUCUGUACAGUCUAUUGAGGAAGUGUCUGGUGUUCUAAGAAGGCCGCCAGUGAUCUGGGACAACAUCCACGCGAAUGACUAUGACCCCCAGCGGCUGUUCAUGGGACCCUUCAAGAAUCGGCCCACAGAACUCAUUCCCAAACUCAGAGGAAUUCUCACCAACCCCAACUGUGAAUUCGAGCCCAACUUUGUGGCUAUUCAUACACUAGCUACUUGGUGCAAAUCUAACACAGGACAGAAAGAUGUUGCUAUGGAUGGUGAGGAUCAGGGGUCUGACUAUAACCCCAAGGAGGCUUUGCGGCUCGCCCUCACUGACUGGCUGAUUGAGUUUGGUGUGGCUGAUCAACCUGAUGUGUCCCGCACAGGCAGUGGUCGUGCUAAGAAAGAAGCUUCUGAUGAGGAGCCCAUGCAGACGGACGAGUAUGUGCCAGGGCCCAGAGAGAAUCCGCUGUACACAGCUGAACCGCUCACUCUGGAGGACCUAACACUGCUUGCUGAGCUCUUCUACCUGCCCUAUGAAUAUGGUCCCACUGCCCUCACCAUGCUGCAAGAGUUGCAUUGGCUAAGAAGCAACAGUAACGCUGCCACGUUUGGCUCUGUGGUAGCAGAGAACAAGGCCAAAGAAUGGCAAGAGAGAGCUGAGCACUUUGAAGACUUGUGUGCUGCGGUUGUCCGGAUGUUUAACAGGCUGUCAAACGCACCCAACAGAACUAUUCUGUACGAUCUGUACAACUACAUCUGUGACAUAAAGAGUGGUGUGUCCUUAGCCAGGGCAUUUGUCAACAGUUUAGGUGGCCGUAAUCCUCCUACCUCUCAAGUUAUAAAUGAUAACCCGGAGCCAUGGGGCUUCAGAGGUGGGCUUUCUGGAGAGUUCCAGAGGAUGCUUCCAUGCCAUGGGAACAGAGAUCUGUUUCGUAGCCCUCCUGCCACUCGAGUGUAUACCAUUCGACCAUGUACCCCUAAAGAUAAGCCCGAGGUUUUGAGAUUAUCCAAGGAAAUGCAGAGUGAGACACUACUGCAAGUUGCACUUAUUGGUGACAGACUGGUGGAUGGUCAGAUUGCUCCAUCUAAACACUGUGACCUGGUGCUGGAGGAUGAGGAUGGCAUCUGUGGUUUUGCUUUAGCCCUCAUUGAUGCAAAGACGGCCAUCACCACAUCCCAGUAUCCAGAAACAAUGCUGAGAGAUUUCCCUUCUCUUAUGAUUAUUCAAAUCCACCCACGAGUACCAGAUCCCAACACUGUCAAGCGCCUGAUUGGCAACAUGUUCUCUUUACUACAAGAAGCUGGCUCCACUGGUGUUUUUUGUGAGUUUAGAUCUAAUGACAGAAGAAUGUUGAGCUUCCUCCAGACUCUAGGCCUGCUCCAUGUGCUCACGGUGGAAGGACUACAAACAGGCCUGGUAAUCAUGGGAACAAAGCUAUGAAUAAUGAUCUGUGCUUUUACAGAUAAAGACGUUUACUUAAAUCCAGUGUUUUUUCACUGUUAAUUUUACAUUGACAUUGCAAACGUGUUUAAACUUCAUAUGGUCUCAUGACCCCUCCCCCUCUUUUUUUUUUUUUUUUUUUUAAUAUAUAAAAUGUGACAGUGGCAGGAAAUAGGCACUUAAAUCUCUACUGCACAAAUACUUUUGAGGGCAAAAAAAAAGCUCUGGGUUAUUACUAAGUGAUGUCGUUAUCACUUCAAAUGACAUUCAACAUUUGUUUUUAUUCUGGGAUAUGGGAACACCAUACAACACUGAAGUAGUGGUAUUACAUUUGGAGCAUUUAACUCAUUUCCCCCCCCCACUGUAAUUUUCUACUUACAGACUUCUGUGCUUAGUUUCAAAAUAUCCCCCCCUGUACUGAAGUUAGUCAUUUUGAUUAGAGGAAGGGAUUUAUAAAUCAUUUGACCAUUCCUCCAAGCACAUACCCAUCUCCUGUUUAGACUCAUCCUUGCUUCCUGCACUCUGGUCUAACUCGUUUGCUGUUUUUCUAUAGGAACAGUCAGUGUCUUUCUCUUAUCCUGACCAUUUGAAUGUUUCCAUCUUCCAAACAAGACAUGUAACUCCUUAUAAAAGCUGCAUGAAAUGAGGGAAAUGCAUAAAAUAAAAGUUGGAAAAACUUCUCACCUUCA